AGAUAUUAAUGUGGCCCUAAUAUCAUAGAAAUUAGAAAGGCAAUAGCAUAGAAAGAGGAUAAUAAAAUAUCAUUGAAAAAAAAAAUAUUUUCUAAUUUUUUUGUUAUAAUUGUUCAAAUUUUGUCAUCAUUAAUUCUAAAAGUUAAUAUUUUUCUAAUUUUGAUGAAUUUUUUUUCAUAUAUUAAAAGAAGAAGUUAUAAUAGCGUUCUAUUCUAUUUUUAUUUUAAAAAUACUUGUAUUUCGAUGUUGCUGUAGUAAAAUGUUAAAAUAAAACUUAAUUAAAAAUGGAGAAUCAAUAUGAAUAUAAUCGCCUUCGUCAACGACGCGGUGCGAUUACCGCGGCAAUCCCUAAUCCGCUGCCUACUGUCGAGUGUCGGCGUCUUAUCCAACCCGGGCUGUUCGAACCUGCGACGCGCGCAUCGCCACCACCACAAACCAUCGCCUUCUCUCAAGCAGCACUCCGAAGGCCGCAUCGACCAUCCAUGGCGCUCCAUUACGCGUCCGCUCCGCCGCGACUUGGCUCCGCCACCGUCGCCGCGCCAGCUCACCGCGUCCGCAGCACCGCCUCCGUCCUCGCCUCCGCAUCGGCCUCCAUCCCCAAAGCCCGCUUCGUCGCCAAGCGCAUCGAGUCCGCCACCGUUCAGCAACUCCAGCGCCCUCUGGCGGAGUACAUGAGCCUGCCGGCGAGCCAGUAUUCCGUGCUGGAUGCGGAGCGGAUUGAGCGCAUAGACGAUAAAACCUUUCGCUGCUACGUCUACCGCUUGAAAUUCUUCUCGUUUGAGGUCUGUCCCGUUCUCGUCGUGCGCGUCGAUGAGGAGCCCAACGGAUGCUGCAUUCGACUGUUGUCCUGCAAGCUGGAGGGUUCGCCGUUGGUGGAAGCGCAGAACGAGAAAUUUUCAGCUUCCAUGGUGAAUAGAAUAUCCUGCAGUGAUGGUUUACACAACUCAACUUUUCAGAAGCUCACCACAGAUACAGAUAUUGAGGUGACUAUUGACAUCCCUUUUGCUUUUCGAAUGUUACCUGUAGAAGUCUUUGAAUCAACUGGCAGACAGGUGCUUGAACAGCUAUUAAGAGCAAUGCUUCCACGAUUUUUAGCACAGCUUAUUAAAGACUACCAGGCAUGGGCAUCAGGCGAUACAUCGAGGCAGCCACUUGGGACAGGCCAAAUCUGAAGCCAUCAAUAGAACUAUCCACUCGUCCUUCCUAUGUCAUUCAAAGAGUUCCGGCACGAAUCUAAUUUGCUUUUUUAUUUGCCUAUGGUGAUUAGAACUUUCAGAAAUAUUGGCAAAAACACGUAGUUAUGUGGUUGUGACUAAUACCUACCAACGUCUUGGAACGGUAGGGGGCGACAAAAACAGCUAAAACAGUUUGGUGUUCCGAAUUGUCGUUGAUCAAGAUCCUAGUAAUUGAGUUUUCUUGCCCAGAAAAAAGCAAGCGUUUGCACUAAAUGGCGUGUAGAAUGAACUUAGCAAUGAGUUUGAACCUGUAAGAAUUAGUUUUAUUGCAAUCAGAACUUUUGUUUUCUGUUUAAAUUGAAGAUCUAUAGCUGAUUUCAGUUUGCUUGCGUUGA